CAUGGCCACACCACACUGCCUUUCCCCCAAAGAGUUGCUCAAACAGGCUGAAAUCAAGGAACCACCCAAUAAUUACUCGUUCAAAGCAUGGAUCAACAGCGCCCUCUCUCUAUAUGACAAGGGAGACUUGGCGGCAAAGACGGGGGAGUUGGAGGCUGCAUACGUGCAUUUUAUGAAGGCAACAACCAUCGUCAUGGACGUUUUGCCAAAGCAUAGAGAUUACAGGCCCAUUGAUAUGUCGUUCAGACAAGCAAAAUCGAAAGUGUCAGAGUACAUGGUUCUUAUGGAACAACUCAAGCAGCAACUACAGGAACGCCAUGAUAAGCAGAGACAAGCGCUGUCGUCUUCCCUACCUACAACCAACUCGCUCGCAACGCCACCACCCUUGUCACAGUCACUACCCAACGGCAACGGGUCCAACGGAAGUGGAUCCAUUGGAAACGGAUCCAGUUCGCAGCGCUCAGUAGUGCAUCCUGAUCGAUUGCUGGCGUUAUUAAAGCAGGGGUCCACAUCUGUCCUUAUUUUGGAUAUACGUCCCAUGGAAGAGUACAUUUUGGGCCACGUAAAGUGGAAAAUGCGGCAAAAUGGUAUUCAAGGGGGUGUGGUGCAUAUUGAACCGGAUUGGCUUGCAUCGGAUAGCCUUGAUGCGGGUGAUUUGGAAAGAUAUUUAACGUCCUUUGGCCAAAGCUCGUCCCUUUCCAAAAACCUCUUUGAAGCCCGGCACACUUUUGAUUUAAUCAUUUUUCUGGACCAGUCGAGCACAUCCACACUGGGAUCUCAAUAUCUCAGACGAUUGAUGGAGGUGGUAUGCAAUCACGACAAAAAGAAACUAAAGCAGCAGCCGGCGCUGUUGGUGGGAGGUUUCGAUGGAUGGGAUCGAUUUGUGAAGCAGAGUGCAGAGAAUUGGGGGGAUUGGGUCGAGAUUGGCGAAGGGUGUGGUCGGUUUGUGGUGGAUGAGAAUCAGGGCGCCAAUGGAGUUACUGGACAAGUGGCACUAGCGAGAAGUGCUUAUGAAUAUGUGCAAUCACGGGCACAGCAAAAUGCUUCAUCUGGAUACUCCCAAAAACCGCUUUCUGCAUAUCCUUCUGGACAAUCACAACAACAGCAAAAGACACCCCAACCUUCACCACCCUCGUCUCGACGACCAUCAGAACCCUUUCAGAACCGCACCAAUGUCCAACUGAAUUCAGCAACGAGUGCCAUGCCGGUCAUUGUACCCGUCACACAAUCGUACCACCAGGCACCCCUAUCCCAAUUCCAACGUUUCAAUGAUCCAUUUUAUAAUUUCCAACAUCACGCGAAGCGAACCCUUGAUCAGAGCGUGUAUCCCUCUUCUCUUCAAGCGGUGGGACCCCGCAACGAGUCUCUGGCGGCUUACCCUGCAGUCGGGAAAAACGUCUCUGGUACCCAAUCAAACAACACUUUCAACUAUCCCUCCCCCGUUGCGUCUGUACCCACCGCCCUCAGUCCAAGAAUACCACCUCCCCUGCCGGUCAAGCCUCGAUCCAACAAGGAUGUGGACCCAUCCGCCCCUGCCCCCAACAUCCCACCAUUGGGCUACCAUCAGAUCAUAAACACUUCCCCCGGUCUCCCCCGCCGUCCCCCACCCGUUGCCAUUGCUCCACCUGCACUUACCAUCCGUCGAUCCUCGUCCCCAUCUGGCUCACCCAGCACAGCACGAUUUUAUGGCCUUCCACCGGCCCUCCCGCCUAAACCCCGCCACCAGCUCCAAUCGAGCGAUACAAACAGUUUACAAGCAUUUUCGCGAUCGACAGCGAGUGAGCUGUCGUAUUCGCAAUUGGGCGGUUUCAUGGGCAUGGCUGGGCUAAAGAACCUUGGUAAUACAUGUUUUAUGAAUUCGGUUAUUCAGUGUUUGGGGGGUACUGUACCCCUUGCGCGGUAUUUUCUUGAUGGAAGUUAUCGCAAGCACAUGAAUAGACGAAAUCCGCUCGGCACGCGGGGGGAAGUAACGGAUGCCUUUGCCGAGUUGGUCAAGACCAUGUGGUCUGGACAGGAUGGUAAUGUCGUGACACCGACUAAAUUCAAGGAAAUCAUUGGAGCUCACCACCCUUCCUUCCGGGGUACCGAGCAACAAGAUUCCCAAGAAUUUCUUGCAUUCCUCCUAGACUCGCUUCAUGAGGACCUCAACGUUGCGCGCAAAGGAAACGUCGUACCUGACAAGGAACCCGACGAGGACGAGGAGGGCAUCCCAGAUGCAGUCUUGCUUGAUCGCGCAUGGAAACGGUACAGAAAACUGAAUUGGAGUAUUAUUGUGGAUUUGUUUCAGGGGAUUUUGAGAAAUCGGUUGCAGUGCCUCACAUGUGGAAAAACGUCCACGACAUUUAACCCCUUCAUGUACCUGACCCUCCCUAUCCCCUCCCACAACCAAGCCGGCAAGAAAAACGGACCAGUCUACCUCCAAGAAUGCCUCGACAAAUUCGUUGAAGAAGAAAUCCUCGAUGGCGAUGACGCAUGGCGAUGUCCCCGAUGCAAAGCACCCCGUCGAUCUACGAAACGUUUAACGAUUGCGAGACUCCCCACAGUCCUUUUGGUGCAUUUGAAAAGAUUUUAUUUUUCGGGACCGUUUCGGAAUCGGGUGGAUACUUAUGUUGAGUUUCCUGUUUCAUCGUUGGAUUUGACGCGGUACAUGACCCAACGCACGGGAUAUGCACCCGAGUCUGUUUAUGAUCUUUACGGCAUCUCCAACCAUUUUGGUGGCCUUAACGGAGGACAUUACACCGCGUCCGUUAAAAACAGCUACAAAAACAAGUGGUUCUCAUUUGAUGAUUCGAGAUUUUCUGGUGUCGAUGAGUCGUCUUUACGGACUCCGGCGGCGUAUAUACUAUUUUAUGUCAUGAAUGGCCGGAGGACGACGGAUGAUUGGUGGAGUGGUGGUGUGGCGAGGAUGUAACGAUGUGUGUAGAUAACUUGCGCGCGAGUGGGGUAUUUUCUUGGUCCAUUUUUUUUUGUUUUCUAGGGAUUGGAGGUCAUGUUUAUGUGAACAAUGUGACGGUGGUUAAUUUUGCAAAAAAACAGACGAUUUUUUGUUACAUGU